GACAGUGCUGCCACCUGCUGACUCAUUCGCCCCCAUCCUGCCACUACGUGAACGAGGAAUAACAAAGUUGCGUAAGGGUCUUUUCGCUGGAUAUUGCAAUCGAGAUUGUUUAUGAAAUAAAGUAUUCUGCGAAAAGUUCGAUGAAAUCCAGUCUGGCAUCAACGUCGUAAAAAGCCAAGCUCCGCCCCACUGAGCAACUAUCAACAAAGUCACGUUACAUCUGCGUGAGCUCGCCAAAAGCUGCAGGAAGUGUGCGAAUCCCACCGCCUCUGCUUUGUGACGGCAUGUUGCGUGCAGCGUAGACGCCCUUUUCUUCAUCUUCUUCUUCGGACCAUGUCAGCGCUGCGAGUGAUUGACGGUGACUCGUGAGGACACCAUGUGCUGAGUCACGCUUUGAACUGACGCCGCCUCAUCAUCAUCAUCAUCAAUAUCAUCACAGCAACAUGUCGGCCUCAAAGACGGCAGCAGAUGUGGCUGCAUCAACAGCGGAGUCAAAGGUCACCGGCCAGGCUACGAGCGGCGGGAAUGAUGGCCCUUGCGUCGAGCGGGAGGAAGGGGUGGAGUCCACGGCGUCUGACAGCGGACCGACGUGCAACGAGACAGAGCAAGACCUGCCGGAGGAUGGAGUCACGGGUCCCGAAGCGGAGGCGGCACAGAGUUCGUCUGUGGCGACGGCCGACAAUUUGGAGGAGCUGCAAGAGUCCUGUGAGACUCCAUCCUUCUCCGUUACUGGUUUGAGUUUCUCCAAGGGGACGACGGCGGCCACGGUGGGAUCUCGGGAGGCGGACGACGCGUUUUCGUCAUACUCGGCGGCAGGGGCGGAGGGAAGCUCCCCGAGCAAUGAGCUGCCGUGUCUGAAGGGUGACGAGCAGGUGGCAGGGGGCGCCGACGCGCCCGCUGACGCUCCUGCCGACGUUCUUGUCGCCGCUCCCAUCGACGCGCCCGCCGACGCUUCUGCCAACGCUCCCGCCGAAGCCUCGUAUUACCUGGUCAAGUGGAUCACCUGGAAGGAGAAGAAGACGCCCAUCGUCACUCAGAGCGACAACGGACCCUGCCCCCUGCUGGCCAUCAUGAACAUCCUCUUCCUUCGCUGGAAGGCAAAGCUCCCGGCUCACACUGAAGUUGUCACCACAGAGGACCUGAUGGCUCACUUGGGUGAGUGUGUGCUGUCGGUUACACCCAGAGAAAAGACAGACGGGAUGCGGCUCAACUUUCAACAGAACAUGGGCGAUGCCAUGGCGGUGCUGCCCAAACUCUCGACGGGUCUGGACGUCAACGUUCGCUUCACCUCCGUCACUGACUUUGAGUAUACACCAGAGUGCAUCGUUUUUGACCUCCUUGACAUCCCGCUCUACCAUGGAUGGCUGGUGGACCCCCAGAGUCCGGAGAUGGUGGCUGCCGUUGGCAAGCUGAGCUACAACCAGCUCGUGGAGAAGAUCAUCGACUGCAAACACUCGGUCGACAGCGCACAAGUCAGCGAAGGUCUGGUGGCUGAGCACUUCCUGGAGACAACAGCAACUCAGCUGUCCUAUCACGGCCUGUGCGAGCUCAACGCCGCCGCCAAAGAGGGAGAAAUGUGCGUCUUCUUCAGGAACAACCACUUCAGUACCAUGAUCAAACACAAGGGCCACUUGUACCUGCUGGUGACGGACCAGGGCUUCCUGCGCGAGGAGGGCCUGGUAUGGGAGUCUCUGCACAACGUGGAAGGGGACGGGAACUUCUGCGACUCAGACUUCCGCCUGUGUCAUCCUCCUCGGAAGGAGGCGGUGGCGCCCCCGCCCCCCGGUGGCCCCCCGCCGCCCUGCGACCAACGGCAGCAGCGCCAAAUCGACCAGGACUAUCUGGUGGCGGUGUCGCUGCAGCAGGAGAGCGGCGGGGGGGCCUCGGGACCGCUCGGCGACCUGGAGCUGGCCCGGCAGUUGCAACAGGAAGAAUACCAACGACAACAACAACAAGAAGGAGCGCAGCAAGCGGCCUUGCAGAGGUCAGAGGCCAGAGGUCAGGGGCCACAGUCAGGAGGGGCAAGGAGAAGAGAAAAAGACGCCGACUGCGUCCUGCUUUAACUCGUCGCUCCAUGUAGCGCAUGCACGCAGAUGCCAGACCACAGUGCUGUGUGAUUUUGUUUUCCUUUUUACGUUUGUCAAAGGUCACAUGUCAUAACAAGCUUCUCUCACUAGCUUGCAGGCCAAUAAAAGCGUUGCUAAUCGCUUUCCGCCGUACCUUUGA